AUGGAGGGAUUUGAAACUGGUUCUCAAAUUGAUUUGUCCCUUUUUGAAGUUGGCGACAAAGUAAAAAUUACCGGCACUUCCAAAGGCAAAGGCACUGCCGGAGUAAUUAAAAAAUAUCACUUUUCCCGAGGUCGAAUGACCCAUGGGGGUGGUUAUCCCCACCGUUUAAUUGGUUCCAUGGGAGGUGGUCGAGGCACUAACCAAGGGAUACCCAAAGGAGUUUUUAUUCCUCAAAAAGAUACUGAAAUAUUAGUGGAAAAGACUUUGGAAUUGGUCGAUAAAAUUUGGAAGCAAAAGGAAAUGCUGACCGUUUUGGAAAUUGGAACCGGUUGCGCCAAAAAUCAAAAAUUUGAUAUCAUUAUUUCUAAUCCGCCUUAUGUUAGUGAUACCGAAUAUGAAAAUAUUUCUGAGUCGGUUCGGAAACAGCCAAAAGAGGCAGUGUUCUUAUUAAUAGUAGAAAUCGGACACCGACAGAAGGAAAAGGUUAUAAAACUAGUAAUAAAAUACUUUGCACAAAUGAACGUAUCUAUUUUUCCGGAUUGGGGAGCAGUUAAACAAAAAUUAAUCGGCGGCGAAGAUAUUAAUUUUAGAGAUUAUUUUACCUUAAAAAGGUCAAAGCAAGUGCCAAAAAUAAGCAAAUUUUGUGAUAGUCAUACUAAAAAAAUGGAUGAUUACAAGCGAAAUAACAAAGGCAAAGGAUUGGCGACCUUUACUAAAUCUGCUUCUUUUCGGAAGUUGAUUUUAGAAACAAGAAAUUGUAAUAGUUGUAAAACUCAGAAACAGAAAAUAGUUAAAUCGACUAAACUCCUAACCCGAGUGACUUGUAAAGCCAGCAGCGGAUUGUGA